AAUCUCUCUCUCGCUUCCAUUUCACUUCAUUCUCUUCAAUUUCUGUUGCAUGGAAACCAGCAAUUCCGGUCGAUCAUCAUCGCUCCGUUUCUUCCGUUGUAGCUGCCUCAGAAACUGUUGUCGCUGCUACUGUUGUUGCUUCUGUGCAUAAACAGGUUUUCAAUUUCACGUUUUCUAUUCUUCGAAACAUUCAUACUAUUUUAGUCCAUGGAUUUCUCCGGGACUCAGCCGGGUCUGUUUCUAGGGCUCAGCUCGCAUCAGAGCUCGGUGCCGACGAGUUGUAAUCAAUCCGUGCCGCUACAGCUCCUAAAGGAGGAGAAAUUUAGGGCUGAGAAUGAGGAGGAGGAGGAAGAAGAUGACGAGAGUGAGAGCUUUAAUCUCUUAGGGCACUCAAUUUGCCCCAAAAGGCCGAGGGACAUGUCGUCGCCGUUCAAUCCGCCGCCGUCCAAGUGUGUGGUGGUUGAAUCGGAGGGGCUGGAGGCGCGGCGGGCUGCGGUUAGGGCCUGGGGGAACCAGCCGCUCGCGGUGGCGGAUCCGGAGAUUCAUGAGAUGAUGGAGAAGGAGAAGAAGAGGCAGUUCAAAGGAAUUGAAUUGAUUGCUUCGGAGAAUUUCGUGUGUAGAGCUGUGAUGGAGGCUCUGGGGAGUCACUUGACGAAUAAGUAUUCGGAGGGGUUCCCCGGAGGGAGGUAUUACACUGGUAAUCAGAAUAUCGAUCAGAUUGAAUUGCUAUGUUGCGAAAGGGCGUUGGCUGCUUUUAGUCUUGAUCAUGAGAAAUGGGGUGUCAAUGUUCAGCCUUAUUCGUGUACUUCCGCUAAUUUCGCUGUUUACACUGGUCUUUUGCUUCCGAAUGAACGGAUUAUGGGUUUGGAUUCGCCGUCCGGAGGGCACAUGAGUCAUGGCUAUUAUACUCCGAGUGGGAAGAAGGUGUCUGCUGCGUCGAUAUUCUUUGACAGUCUGCCUUAUAAGGUGAACCCCCGAACGGGGCUCAUUGAUUAUGAUAAGCUUGAGGAGAAGGCACUUGAUUAUCGCCCCAAGAUACUUAUUUGCGGUGGGAGUUCGUAUCCCCGGGAGUGGGAUUAUGCCAGGUUUAGGCAUAUUGCUGAUAAAUGUGGAGCUGUGCUGAUGUGUGAUAUGGCUCAUAUCAGUGGUCUUAUAGCAGCCAAGGAGUGUAUGAGUCCUUUUCAGUAUUGUGAUAUUGUUACAUCAACAACACACAAAAGUCUCAGGGGUCCUAGGGGAGGUAUUAUAUUUUACCGGAAAGGUCCAAAAACAAGGAAGCCAGGCAUGCCUCAAUCUAACGGUGAUGGAAAUAACCUGUAUGAUUUUGAGGAAAAGAUAAAUUUCGCAGUUUUCCCAUCACUACAGGGUGGGCCUCACAACAACCAUAUUGCUGCUCUUGCCAUAGCCCUAAAACAAGUGGCUACUCCAGAAUAUAAAGCGUACAUGAAACAGGUCAAGAAAAAUGCACAGUCCUUGGCAAAUGCUUUGUUAAGAAGAAAAUGCAGAUUGGUUACUGGGGGUACUGAUAAUCACUUGUUGCUUUGGGAUCUAACAGCUCUUGGUAUAACAGGGAAGAACUACGAAAAAGUUUGUGAGAUCUGCCUUAUCACCCUCAAUAAAAGUGCUAUAUUUGGUGAUAACGGGGCUUUUUCUCCUGGGGGAGUCAGAAUCGGUACCCCUGCUAUGACUACACGAGGUUGUGUCGAGUCUGAUUUCGAGACAAUUGCCGACUUUCUUCUUAGGGCUGCUCAGAUUACUGUGUCUGUUCAGCGAGAACAUGGAAAAUAUCAGAAAGAAUUUCUUAAAGGUCUCCAGAACAAUAAAGAUAUUGUUGAACUUCGAAGUCGUGUUGAAACAUUUGCAUCCCAAUUUGAAAUGCCAGGAUAUGAUACUUGUUGAACAUGUCACAUCUCAGAUGCAUCACACAAUUUUUUGGUUUCAUUUGUUCUGUCUGUCCAAUUCAUUUCCCUGUAAAUUACAUAGUAAUACUGAUCUGUUGCCGAUUUCCACAAGGUAGUACUAGUCUUUGCCAGCUGAUUAUUUUGUUGUGUAAAUUACAGAAAGCAAAAAAAUCUCUCUAUUUGAUUUAUUUUGGGGUAUCUGGAUUCUAGAU